CAGCCCAGCAGACUUAGGCCGUUAUAAAUCCGUUGGCGACCAUCGAGCAACCAGCUUCCACGCAACCGCACUAGAGUGCAGUUGGUGCAAGGCCGCUUGGCCCAAUGGUAAGGCGUCUGACUACGACCGAGCAUGACCAAACAUGCUUGACACAGUUAUCAGGAGAUUCUGGGUUCGAGCCCCAGGGUGGUCAUGUUUUUUUUUCCUUCGCGCCCGCACGGAGUUACGUCGUCUCUAGUGUUGUCGCGAGAAUCUCUAUUUUUAUUGCUAUUUACUUUCCUAUGCGCGACAGGAUCCUGGCGGCUCUACGGUUAUACCGAUGGGGUGCUCCGCUGGUUAUCGCAUGCGCUCGAUAUUAUCUGUAUUUUGAUGCAGUGCUACUUGUGGGUUCUCUGUUUGGCCUAAGGGGAUAAGCGUGGAUAGGCGUGGGUUGGGGCAAAUGCAUCAGACUAUGCAUGGGAACCAUCAUCCUCAAAGCAGACCGGUGGUAUUUUUUG